UAGAUAGCUAUCUUCCUCGCAGAAGAGUUUUUACUUCCGGUUUUGUCGGCGAGCACGAAUAUCUUCGAAAAUGGAUUUUGCCAUGAGCUUGGUCCCAGAUAGUAUUAAGUCACUUCCUGUGUACAUGGAUUUUGAUGGGCAGCGUCGAGCAGAGAAAACAUUCCAGAUCAUCAUUGUCCUGUUUGGUUUUGUUGGGUUUGUGUGGGGGUACAUCUGCCAGCAGUUCUCACAGACAAUGUACAUCCUCCUGGCUGGGUUUGCCCUGUCCUGCCUUCUUACCCUGCCCCCAUGGCCGAUGUACCGCCGCAAGCCCCUCCAGUGGCAGAAGGCCCGCCCCAGGGCUGACGGGGAUGGACCCAACACACAACAAAAAACAAAGAAGAAGAAUAAGUAAAUUCAACAUGGCGAAAUUAUGUUGUUUCCUCAUAUUUGUAAAUGUAUGCUCUGUCGGUUUAACUCAUUUGGAUGUGGAUGAAAGGUUUGCAGAUGUUUCAUUAAAUAUUGUUUCGUUAAA